CCCGCGCUGAGGGUGUGGGUUGUUGCUCCGCCGCACCCUCCAGUCUUCUGCUGUGCAUCAUGAGUCCAGCGGCUCCCGGAGCGGCGCCAUGAAGCGCCAGAACGUGCGGACUCUCGCCCUCAUUGUCUGCACCUUCACUUACCUGCUGGUCGGAGCCGCCGUCUUCGAUGCCCUGGAGUCCAAGCAGGAGACCUCGGAGAAGAAGAACUUGGAAGAAAGGAGGUACGAGCUCAUGACCAAAUACAACCUGAGCAAGAAGAAAUACGAAGAACUCGAGCUUGUUGUCUUGAAACUCAAGCCGCAUCAAGCUGGGGUCCAGUGGAAAUUUGCCGGUUCUUUCUAUUUCGCCAUCACUGUGAUCACAACCAUCGGAUAUGGCCACGCUGCUCCGAGCACAGAUGGAGGGAAGAUUUUCUGUAUGUUUUAUGCCUUGCUUGGGAUUCCACUCACACUGGUCAUGUUUCAGAGCAUGGGAGAGAGAAUCAAUACAUUUGUCAAGUAUCUCCUACACAGAAUCAAGAAGUGCCUUAGAAUGAAACGAACAGAAGUCUCCAUGGCAAACAUGGUCAUCAUUGGCUUUUUCUCCUGCAUUAGCACCCUAUGCAUUGGGGCUGCUGCAUUCUCGUAUUAUGAGGAUUGGACUUUUUUCCAUGCAUAUUACUAUUGCUUCAUCACACUCACCACCAUUGGUUUUGGGGACUAUGUGGCUCUGCAGAAACAUGAUGCUCUUCAAAAGAACCCCCACUAUGUGGCAUUUAGCUUUGUCUACAUUUUGACAGGCCUGACAGUUAUUGGAGCUUUCCUCAACCUAGUGGUUCUGAGGUUCAUGACAAUGAAUGCAGAAGACGAGAAACGGGAUGCAGAGCAGAAAGCCUUGCUUAUUAGAAAUGGACAAUCUACCAUCCGCACAACAGAAACCUCUGGUAACUUCCGGAACAUGUACGCAGAAGUUCUUCAUUUUCACUCCAUGUGCUCAUGUCUCUGGUAUAAGAGUCGGGAAAAAUUGCAUUAUUCAAUACCAAUGAUCAUCCCCAGAGACAUAUCGACAUCUGACACUUGCAUCGAACAGAGCGAUGCAUCUCCAAAUAGGCUUCCAGAGACCUUUACUAAUGGAUGUGUGUGUAAUCUCCACAGGUCGACCAUUAGCUCUGUGUCUACAGGACUUCAUAGUUUGUCUGCCCUCAAAGGAUUAACAAAAAGAAGAAGUUCUGUGUAAUAAGGAUACAGUAAAUUAAUUUUAAAGUUAAUUAAUGGUAUGUACACAAUUAGCAGUAUUUAGGAGUUGAUAAGUCUAUUGGACUGUACUAAUAUAUUGAAAAUCAAAAACAGCAGAUGUUGGACAUCUCAGAUAAAACCAAAAUUUACUGGUAACACACAGCAGGUCUGGUAGCAUCUGUGGAAAGAGAAACAAAAGUUAUUGUUUCAGGUCAAAGACCCAUGUGCUGAUGAAGGGUCUUCCCUCUGUUACUUUUUCCACAAAUGCUACUUGACCUGUUGAGUGUUCCUGGAAUUUUCUGGUUUAAUAUAUCAUCAGGCAAAAAUAGCAGUACUUAGUCAAAAAAGUGUGACAAGAAAACACAUCAUUUAUGGGAAAGAAACAAACCAGCCAACACACUUCUAAAAACAGGCAGAACCAGGUUUUAAACAAUGCACCUGUUCAUGGAAGUGAUGCGAGAAUUAAAUAUCACUUAGAAUAAACAUGAGACACACAGUCACAUAUACUUAAUGAAUAUCCUGAUUGGAUGAAUCACUACCUAUAGUGCACUGAUGUAAUGGCCUUUCAUUGCUUGCAGUGUUACUUAAUAAUGAGGAAUGCCUUCAUGUAGUUCAGGAUAUGCAAAAAUGUCAGAAUCUGAAGUGGGUGUCACAAUCGUUGCUCUUCACACCAGAGAGUGGGGGCUUGGAGUGAAAUUGACAGUCAAGAAAAAAGGAGUGGAUGGAGCUGGAACUGAAAGUAGGAGUCAAGAGUGUGAAGGCAACAGUUCAAUGCAGAGUUUACUCCUAAUGGCUCUGAUAUAAUGAGCUACAAAUUCUGACAUGGAGCAGUAUAUUUUGCUAGGUGGUUCACCAAGCUUCCAAAACACUGCAGUACCCAGUGCAAUGGAUAAGAUAGGUGUGCUAGAGAUAGGGGCAGGUUGAAAAGUUAGAAUAAUAUGUUCAAAUUAGAAUUCUGCACCUCUUAUAGGAUCUGUUCAUGUGUUUUGAAUGCCUCACUACUUCACCCACCAUAUGCUGAAGUCAUGUGAUGAACAAAGCAGUAGCCCUCAGAGAGGGCACCAUAAUUACCUGAGGUAAACCGCAAGCACGGCAGCAACCUAAUUUUCAAUUACAAUUCAGUGGCAGCUCUGAAUAGGUCACCUGCUCUGUGAAAUGAGAGCUGAAGCCCAACUUUGCAGACACCAGAAAUUCACAACACAGAAUGAGGGAUUCUGCUUAUUGGUUCAGUGGUUGUCAGAAAAGAGCCACCCAGUUUAAUCCCAACUUCGAGCAAUAGGUCCACAGCCCUGCGGGUCACAGCUCUUCAAGUACAUGUCCAUGUACUUUUAACUUGUGGAUUUAUGCUUCUGUGCCCCUUCCAGGCACUGAGUCCCAGAUACCAACCCAUCUGGAGGAAAUAAUUUAAAAAUGAUCUACCUUUUAAUCUUUCUAUCAACUAAUUCUAUUUCACCUCUUUUUGAUCAUUAAUAGCUCCUACCUAUUUACUCCAGCAAGACCCCUCCUAAUUUAAUAGAUGUCAACUAAUUCUCCUCUCAAUCACCUCUUUUCCAUAGAAAAUAACCCCAUUGUAUCCAGUCUUUCUUCAUUGUUUUAAUUUUCCAGUCCUGACAGUGUCCUUGUAAAUCUCCUCAGCAUUCUGUCCAGUGCAAUCAAAUCCUUCUUGUAGCAUGACAACCAGCACUGUAUGCAAUACUCAAGUUGUGGUCUAACACUAUUAUGUAUGGUUGCAAUAUAAACUCCCUGCUCUUACAUUCUGUGCCUAAGGUAAUAAAGCAAAGAGUCCUGAAUGCCUUUUUAACUACCCAAUUAACCUGUUCUGCUGCCUUUAAGGAUCUGUGGAUAUCUAAGAUUCCUCUGUUCUUCCACAGAUAUAAUGAUUUUGUCCUUCUCAUUGCCAACACUCAAACAAGGAGGAGACACUGAUAUCUGUACAUCUAGGAGCCAGCAUCCUGAGGACAAGAGUAGGGCCAAACUUUUUCAAGAAAAAUAUUGAAACUGAGGGACUACCGGAAUACCUCUUGGGAAUAUUAACUCAUUUAAUAAUGAUAAUUUUGCCAUUUUAUUAUGUACGCUGCAUUGUAUGCAACUGGGGACCAGUUGAAAUCAAGGUGCAAGAUUAUACAGUCUACCAUAUACUGUAUAUAAUAAAUAUUUAGCUUGACAAAUUGUGGUUACCCUCACAAAUAAUCACUCAAAAUGAAAAUAUUGCUGACACCUUGGUUUAGCCCGAUUCAAAUCAAAAUGAAUUACUUUUACUUUUGUACAUGACUGAAUACUCCAGGUGUAAUAUUCCACCUGCUGAAUACUCUACCAGACUUUUUUUAAAAAAGUUAGAAUCUUUUCCACCUAUGGUGCUCAUUUCUUAACCAUUUGUUGCCAACAGGAUUUGUAAAUAAAGGAUGAGAUCCAUUGUAUCAAAUAAAAUUGCAGUUUACACAAGUAUGUAUGUCUCCUGACUGCAUUGUUAGGUUGAAAGGAAUAAAACAGGACUUCAAAAACUAAGACCCAAAAAUUCUGGGAAUACCCAACACCUGAAAAGAGAAAAGACUAGUUACUGUUAUUUGAUGAAACCUUGUAGACUUGCUGAGCAUUGCCAAUUUAUUUUUAAUUUUACUUCAGAUUUCAGAUUAUCUUUUUACAGGAAGUUUAAAGUGGUUGAUUUAAAGCUAUUUACCAUAUUGUGCCAUACUAUGUCGGGUCAUUGACAGUCAAGUGUACACCAUAAAUGCCCAUACACUACUAGAUAUCCUAAAGGUUGUACAUUUGGUCUCAUUUUUUAACCUCAUCAGAAACUGACAAGCCAAAAGGCUCCCCAUCACAGUACAAGGGCAAAACACUAAUUUAACUAUUUUCAGUCACCUAAACAUGAAUAGACUGGCAACUGAUAUACUAUUUCGUUAAUGUAGAUGCAAUUACUGUAAAAAAUAUACAACAUUGGUCAGAAAUUAAAUUUAUGGAUGCAAAAUACAGAGCAAUGCUGAUCAUAUUAGCUGAUUUUUUUUAAAAAUGGAAAUACUACUUUUAUCAAAAUAUGCUUUCUUGUCAGUGUAAUUACAAUUUAUCUCAGAAAGGGCCACAGUGUCGAAGGACAAUAUACUUAGAGGAUUGUCUUUAUGGUUCAAAUUUGAAUUAUGAAAUUCUCCAUUAUACUUUGAUUUAUUGUGCAGUAGAUCAAGCUACAGAAACUAAAUCUCCUGAAAUGUCCGCCAAAGUCUCUUGGUCUGCAUCUGUUAGCUUUAAAGAGUUCUGGAAUCAAUGGGUAAAUUUUGGCCUUGUAUGACCAUGUAAUACGUGUUAUUAUGAGUCAGCACACUAAUGAAAAAAUACCCUUCCCACCACAAAUCUGUGGAUUAAACACUGAUGGGGCACGUGCCGACCAAUGCCCUGAAAUACAUCCCCUGCACAAUCAUUUUCUAUUACUUCAGAUUUGUUGACUCUUCCAUCUCCUUACCACAGUAUCUCAUAAUUGCAGCUCUGCAAGUUCUACAUUCAAACAGCACAAUAUCCUUUCUCAACAACAUCAAUCAGUAAGAAUUGCACAAAAUGUAGAAGUAUAAAUAUCCUUCAAUGGUGUAAGGCUUUUAUAUGAAUGAUUAGUGAUUGACCUAAAACUAAUUCAGGAUCACAUAUGUGUAUGUUCUUCAUCUCAUACCAGGCCUUAGAUUUAAUCUCUGACCUUAAAUCUCUAAAUUAAUUUUUUCUCCCCCCAAGAGAAUGCUGCCUGCACUGAAUUGCAAUUGUUGUUGCAUGAUUUAUUGUGAAAUAUUAAAAUAUAGGUACAUAUUCUAUAGGGAGUGAUGAUUCCCAAAAAUAUUUUAUUAUUUCAGUUUUAAUAUUUGUUUAUUUUUAUCCCUCAGCAAAUUAAGAUGGCUAUGGAUAUCUGCAUUGUAAGUUUUCUGAUGCAUUUUGUUUUACUACACCUUGUCUCUUUUGAUUCCAACUGUUCAAAGUACUUAGUAAAACUGUGGAUUACAUUUCUUUUUUAUAUUCAAGCUGUUUGUAGUCCUGGGCAUUUUGAUACAGUGUGCUAUCAAGAGUCAAUUAACUACCAUAACCAAAGAGCAGAUAGUUUGCUAAAUUACUAUAAAGCAUGACUGCUACUUUACUGUUUAAUGCCAAUGAGUAGUUUGAAUUUAUUAACCACAAAAUAUAGAUAGCACACUCCUGCUCUCUAAGGCCAUCGUAUGUGACAUAAUAUUUUCACAUGUUAGAUUUCAUAAGAUCUUCAUAAAAGCAUGACCUUCUUUACUCCAAAACUGCUUGGCUUCCAGGGUACAGGCUAUAAUCAGAUCAGUGCAUUCUUUCAAUUACAUUGGCUCACAAUGCAAUUUAUUUAAAAAAACUUUACAAUCCUAAAAUUACAUAUAGGAGUUUCUUUACCACAAAUCAAUGCAAAAUUAAGAAAUAAAACGUUCUUGUAGCUGCCUGGAAACAACACUUUCAAUCCAAAGGAAUAAAACUGGACUGAUAGACUUUGCAUGGAGGCAUGUAUGAAGUGAAAUGAAAGCAUCAUUUUCACUUUUCUUUUACUGCUUAAACCAUAAAACAUAUGUUACGGAAAAAUGCAUAUCUUAUAAAUUUGAUAUAGUUUUCAAAAUUUGCAUGAUGAUGAACCAAUCAUAUUGUGCAAUUAUAGAGACCAGACUGAUAAUUGACCUGUUUUGUAGCUGGUGUAACUCAGUCAAUGAAGGCUUUAAAAUCUGUUGACUAAGACAAUUGAAUAGAAAUGCAUACAAUCCAUUUCAAGCUACUUGCUGGACACCUGCUGUAAAUCUCAGAUGUAGAUAUAAUAUAAAAAAUAAAGUAUUGUGAAUAACUUUAUAGUUUAAUAAUCUGCACUCAGAAUAUAUUGAUUUUUAAAUAUGGUUACAUGUCAAUUGUCAUGUCUUUUGUGUCUAACUGUUUCUUUUAUAUAUGUAUGUGUUAUGUAAAUGAUCUUUUUAUUCACCUGUUUAUUUAUAUCAACAUUAAAUAAUGAACUAGUCAUGAAUUUGGUAUUUUAAGCUUUUGGUUAUGCCAAGCUAAGCAAAUUAUAAAUUUGCUUAAAAUGUCAGAAAAUGUAAGAAGGAACAAUAUCAAGAUAUAAAGAAAUAAAUUCAAUUAAUUUGAGUUGAGUUGCAGGGAUCAUGUAUUUUUGAAAAAAAAAGGAAAAAUAAAUCUAGGAUUCAAAGUAUAUAAUCAGGAUGGCAAACAAUUGUUUUGCUGGAGUUUUAUUCAUUUUAAUAUACUAGAUGAUUAUCAGAUGAAUGAAAAAUAGUUUAUUUGGAAUCAAUUGCAUCCAGCUUCUUUUCCAACUGCCCUUCCUCCAAGGCAUACAGUAAAUGGAUACUUUUGUCCAGCUGCAUAUGUUCAGAAAAUCAAAGCCUCAGAGUAUUUUUUUAUUUAAUCAAGGACACCAGUGAAAGGGAAGACAAGAUAAACCAAUCAGUAGUAAUUAGGUUGAGUUUUAAGACCGGAACAUUGAAGUAGGAAGAAAAGACUGAAUAAGAGGGGUAAGACAAUCUCAGAGAACAGAAGUAUGAUGAAGUAUAAUGUAAGUUACAAGUAUUUGCUCAACAUGUAUCAAAAAAAAACGUAACUGUUCAUCACCUUUCUGAGCUUGUGUAAGUAACAGAUGCCUCUGCUGGGAUAAUUUUUGAAUGUAGCCUGUGGCUAACAUGUAUUUUCAGGGAGUAUCUUCUGUGUUGCCAAUGGAGCGUUCCAGUUCCUGAAAGGAUAAUUCUGGCUGCACACCAGACUUAAUGUUAAUAUUUCAAAAAUCAUGAAUAUUGAAUACUGAAUGUUACACUGUGGAUCGGAGAAAGCUGCACAUGAAUUGAUAAAAGAACCCCCCCCCCCCCCUUAAAGCAAAUGCCUAAACUGCACUUGUGGUCUGAAAACUUGGGACAACUGAUAUCCCAUGACCGUGAGAGGAAUCUCACUUUCUCCACAUCCCCACUGUCAAACAUUGGCUUACUUCUAAUUAACUUAAACAUGCCUCACAAAUAUUAAAGGAGAAUGCUGAUUGACAGCAUGUCAUUAUUUUAAUGGGUGUUCAAACUUAGUCACGUGACAUCAUCUUCCAUUAUAGAAUUCAUCACUGAAUGGUUGAAUAUAACUACUGAAACUCACACGUGCCAAAUGAACGGUGAGUUCCAGCUUAAUAUUUAAAGCAUCGAUUCAUGCCAAAGGAACUAAGGUGGAUGAACAGAUUGCAUGAAUUUUGCAUGAGAGUUGUUAUAAAUCUGCAUAUGGUCUUUGAAAAUGCCCUAGAGCAUGACUGAUUGAAAAUAUGUGCAAUGAUGCACAGUAACCACAACAUAUUGUAAAUAUACAUUGUAUGUUUCCUUAUAACUGGGUGUGGGUUCAUCCAAGAUAUAAUAAUGAUGAAGAGCAAAUGGUACAGACAUUGAUAUAAAUGUCAACAAUACUUGAAAUACAGUAAGAUACAAGGCAUUGGUAUCAGAAUGGAACAGUGAGAUUAGUUUUAGGGUGCUUAAGCAGGGAGCAUGGACCUAUGAGCUGAAUGGUUAUCUUCUGCACUGUAAACUCUUUAUAGCUCAAAGGAUGUUCAACAAUUAAUAUACAAUGCUCAUGUUUGUUGUUGAUUAUUGAGCUUCUGCAUUUCAGUGCACAUGUCUUAUGAAACAACCUUAUAAAAUGGUAAUAUGUUUUACUAUAGUAUUUGUUAUUAUGGAGCAUAUUUCCACAAUGUAAUGAGAUAAUUUAGCAGACUUGGUAUUGUCUCACUUUGUUGUACAUAAUGUAGUGCAUAAUGCUAGAGUACCUUGUGUUGCUGUUUAAUUGACUAAACCCAAGAUGUUUUGUGCUAUACUUUGUUGUAAAUAAAAUUAUUGAUUUAAUAAAAUGAUUUGCUGAAA